AUGAGUCUAUCUUCGAAUAAGUAUCAGAAAAAAGUGGUGAUGGAUUUAUUGUCUAAUGCAGUUUUCGAUGCUUUAUUUGCGUUACAAGGUUCACUUAUUGCUGUUCUAAUUUUCAUGAAAACGAUGACAAUUGCGAGAAAAGAUUCGCCGUUUCGAAUGUCUGACACUGGUCAAAAACUCUUCCUUUUGGCUCUAGUCGGUGGUGCAGUAUCUUCCCAAUUAUUCGUUAUCCUGGCUUCCUAUUCAGAUCCAUCUCAAGUCUCUAAAUUUCUUUCUAAAUCGUAUCCAAGUAUGAAAUUCCUUUUACGCUACAAAUUCCUAUGGAUAUUAACAACUAAUCGGAACUUUGUGGGAUUCAUCACUAGCAUAUUUAUUUGCAUUGGUUUAGUUUUUAUGGUCAUGCUAAUGUCGUAUAUUGUUCUACUUUUUGAAUUGGAUCUUCAAGUGAAUUCAAUGAGUCGAUCUACGAAUAAGUAUCAGAAAAAAGUGGUGCGAGAUUUCUUGGUCCAUCUGGGUAUCAGCUUGCCAUUCUACGUUCUGACUCCGUUAUUCAUUUUCGUCAAAUUUUUUCUGAAUGACGAUAUUGAUGUUUCUGUACUCACAACGCUAUUCUUUGCAUUUUUCGUAUCCGCCCCAAUUCCAUCAAUGCUCGUUUUUUUGCUUCGAAAUCCAGUAUAUAGGACAUUUUUGAUCACAGAAUUUCGUAUUCCUGUCAAUAAAACGCCUGCUGCAAAGACAACAAACUCAAGACAGACGCCGUCACGAGUACAGAUGGAAUGA